CUUGGCCCUGCCACCAAUCCGGGCGCUCCACGACCUUGGCCGGCCGGGAAGGUAUAAAAGACGUGACGCGGCGCGUGGUACGUCAGACUGACAGCAACCGGUGAAUAGAGAAGAUCGUAGAGAUAGACCGAGCGGAUUUGGGAGCGGCCUGUGAUCGGGUAUUUACUAUUCUACUACACAGCGGAUUAUAAAUAUAUAUUUUUAUUACUUGGGAAAAGAAGACGACAUUCGAUGGUUACGAUGAAGCUGCUGGCAGUGGUGUUGCUGGUCGUGGCCGGCGUUUUUGCUGACGAUGAUGACAAGAGGGAAGAAGUUGGCACAGUCAUCGGGAUUGAUCUGGGGACUACAUAUUCAUGUGUUGGAGUUUUCAAGAAUGGACGUGUAGAGAUUAUCGCCAAUGACCAGGGUAACAGAAUCACCCCAUCUUAUGUGGCUUUCACACCAGAAGGAGAACGAUUGAUUGGAGAUGCUGCCAAGAAUCAGCUGACAUCCAACCCUGAGAACACAGUGUUUGAUGCCAAGCGUCUUAUCGGACGCACAUGGAAUGACCCAUCCGUUCAGCAGGACACCAAAUAUCUGCCAUUCAAAGUUAAGGAAAAGAAAACUAAGCCCUACAUUGAAGUAGAUGUUGGUGAUCAGAUGAAGACCUUUGCCCCUGAGGAAAUCUCUGCCAUGGUUUUGACCAAAAUGAAGGAGACUGCUGAAGCUUAUCUUGGCAGAAAGGUUACUCAUGCCGUUGUCACUGUCCCCGCCUACUUUAAUGAUGCUCAGCGUCAGGCCACAAAAGAUGCUGGAACCAUUGCAGGUCUUAAUGUAAUGAGGAUCAUAAAUGAGCCAACUGCAGCUGCCAUUGCUUAUGGUCUGGAUAAGAAGGAAGGAGAGAAGAACAUUCUUGUGUUUGAUCUGGGUGGCGGUACUUUCGAUGUGUCCUUGCUUACUAUCGACAAUGGUGUCUUUGAAGUAGUUGCUACCAAUGGAGAUACCCAUCUGGGAGGAGAGGACUUCGACCAGCGUGUCAUGGAGCAUUUUAUUAAACUUUAUAAGAAGAAAACUGGCAAAGAUGUCCGCAAGGAUAACCGGGCAGUGCAGAAGUUGCGUCGUGAAGUAGAGAAAGCAAAGAGAGCCCUGUCUUCUCAACAUCAGGCCAGAAUUGAAAUAGAAUCUUUCUUUGAAGGAGAAGACUUCUCUGAAACUCUGACCCGUGCCAAGUUUGAGGAACUGAACAUGGACCUCUUCCGUUCCACAAUGAAGCCAGUCCAGAAAGUACUUGAAGAUGCUGAUCUGAAGAAAUCUGACAUUGAUGAAAUUGUGCUUGUUGGAGGCUCCACCCGUAUUCCCAAAAUCCAGCAGCUGGUGAAAGAAUUUUUCAAUGGCAAAGAACCAUCCCGUGGUAUCAACCCUGAUGAGGCUGUAGCUUAUGGUGCUGCUGUACAGGCUGGAGUACUCUCUGGAGACCAGGAAACUGGUGACUUGGUUCUGCUUGAUGUGUGCCCUCUGACACUUGGUAUUGAAACUGUUGGUGGUGUCAUGACAAAGCUUAUCCCCAGAAACACCGUUGUGCCUACAAAGAAGUCCCAGAUCUUCUCCACAGCCUCUGAUAACCAGCCUACUGUCACCAUCAAGGUUUAUGAAGGUGAACGUCCAUUGACAAAGGAUAACCAUCUUCUUGGCACAUUCGACCUUACUGGCAUUCCUCCAGCUCCCCGUGGUGUUCCCCAGAUUGAAGUUACCUUUGAGAUCGAUGUAAACGGUAUCUUAAGAGUUACAGCAGAAGACAAAGGUACUGGCAACAAGAAUAAGAUCACCAUUACAAAUGACCAAAACAGGCUGACGCCUGAAGACAUUGAGAGGAUGGUCAACGAUGCUGAGAAAUUUGCAGAAGAGGACAAGAAACUCAAAGAACGUAUCGACUCUCGAAAUGAGCUUGAGAGCUAUGCCUAUUCACUGAAAAACCAGAUAGGUGAUAAGGAGAAGCUUGGUGGCAAAUUGUCUUCUGAAGACAAGGAAACCAUUGAAAAGGCAGUAGACGAAAAGAUUGAAUGGUUAGAAAGCCAUCAAGAUGCAGACAUUGAAGAGUUCAAAGCUAAAAAGAAGGAAUUAGAAGAAAUCGUCCAACCAAUUGUUGGCAAACUCUAUGGUGGAGCAGGAGCACCUCCUCCCGAAGGAGAAGAGACUGAGAAGGAUGAGUUAUAGUGAUCUAUUGCUGCUGAAAUAUUGUAAAUAUUGGACUCGAGAACUUUCGGUUGAGAGAAUAUUGGAAUGCAGAAAACUUUAACGUUCUUGUGGAUUCUUCACUUCCAGUGGAGACAAUAAGCCAUUAUGGCUGUUUACUGCUUUUCAUUAGCAGUUGGUCACUCGGAUCAUUAUUUUUGUCUGGUUUCUUCCCCAGGGAGGGUGGGUGGGCUCUGGUAUUGGAGG